CCAGCCCCACUCAGCCUGGGCAUAUCCUCCUGCCGCCCGCGCACCUCUCCGUGCGGUCCACGCUUCGCGGCUUGGCCCUCCGCUGCGCUCGGCUCCCGCAGGAGCUCGGCCCCGCGCCCCUCGGCCCCCGCCCCGCCGGCCGGACAGACCAGAGCUCAUGGCUGGGCCCAGCACCCACAGGGUUCCUAUGCUGUUCCUCGCCCUUCUGGUGCUCCUGGAGCUGAGCCUGGCAGGCUCCCUGGGACCUGGAACCUCUGCUCGGAACCUCCCUGAGAAUCACAUCGACCUCCAGGAGCCAGCACUGUGGAUGCCUCCAGCCAGCCACCACCGCCGGCGGGGCCUGGGCAAGAAGGAUCGGGGCCCAGGCAUGCCUGGCCAGGCCCAGGACGGAACUGUGGUCUCCACCACCAGGCAGGCCUCCAGGCUGCCAGAGGCAGAGGAGCUGCUGCCUGGGCAGAGUCCUGCAGGCCUGGUGCAGGACAAGGAGCUGUUCCUGGGGUUGGUGCUGCCCUACCCUGAGAAGGAGAACCAGUCUCCUGGGUCGGAGAGGGUCAAGAAACGCAGCAGGGAGCACAAGAGACGCAGGGAGAGGUUGAAACUGCACAGAGGCCGAGCCGUGGUCCGAGGUCCUAGCUCCCUGAUGAAGAAGGCAGAGCCCCCCAAAGACCAGGCACUGGAUGCCACGAUGGAGGAGUCCUCCACCGGCCUGGCCCCCACCAACCUCUACCUAACCACUUUUGAGGCAGCACCUGCCACAGAAGAGUCCCUGAUCCUGCCUGUCACAUCCCUGUGGCCCCAGGCUCAGCCCAGGCCUGAUGGGGAGGUGAUGCCCACGCUGGACAUGGCCUUGUUCGACUGGACCGAUUAUGAAGACUUAAAACCCGAAGUCUGGCCCUCGGCUAAGAAGAAAGAGAAACACCGGGGUAAAUUCUCCAGCGACGGUAAUGAGACAUCACCUGCUGAAGGGGAGCCAUGCGACCAUCACCAAGAUUGCCUGCCAGGCACCUGCUGUGAGCUGCGAGAGCAUCUCUGCACGCCCCACAACCGUGGCCUUAACAACAAAUGCUUUGAUGACUGCAUGUGCAUGGAAGGGUUGCGCUGCUACGCCAAGUUCCACAGGAACCGCAGGGUCACGCGGAGGAAGGGGCGCUGCGUGGAGCCCGAGACGGCCAACAGCGACCAGGGAUCCUUCAUCAACAUCUAGCGGCUCUGCGGAGAGGCGCCUCCCCACCGGCCCCGCGGAGGUUCGGAGAAGCCGGGCGAUUUGUUUAGAACUAGCAGUGGGAGAUCAGGUGGGGCACCGGAUGACCGAGGCAGCAGGCUCGAGCUCGGGACCCUCAGCCCCGGGAGGGGAGCCCCG